UCUUCAGAGGAGUCUUCCAGCUCUUAGACAGCUCACUCCUGACUCCACAGCCUUCAUCCAGCAGAGCCAGGCCCUCCAGGCGCCCGCUGUGGUGCUGACCAGCUCUAACACGGCUGGUGCCACCGCCACAGCUCCCCGCACGCUCAUCCAGCCUGCCCUCAGCAACUCCAGCCAGACUGCCUCUCUGGUAUUGCAGCCUCCACAGCAGGGGGCAAUAGUGAAGCCCCCUCAGGUAACCCUGACAACCACUCCCAUGGUGACGCUCAGGGGUCAACCCCACAGCCACAUAGUGGUGGGUCAGCCUCAGGUGCAGCUGAAACAUAUCCAGACAGUCGCUGUGAAGCAUGGUGUUGUGAGUAGCACCAAACUGGCUCCGGGCUCUGUGUCUGUAGCGUUAGCUCAGAAGAAUAAAACAAAGGAUGGUGCUGGAGGAACUUUCAGGGAUGAUGAUGACAUUAAUGACGUGGCCUCAAUGGCAGGCGUUAAUCUUUCGGAGGAGAGCGCUCGUAUCCUGGCCACCAACUCGGAGCUGGUUGGUGCAGUCACGCGGUCUUGUAAGGAUGAAGCUUUCCUCUCCACCAGCAUGCUACAGCACAAGAUACUAGAGAUAGGCCAAAGGUUUGGAGUGACAGAGCUGGGUCCCGAGGUUGUGAACAUCGUCUCUCAUGCCACUCAGCAGAGACUGCAAAACCUUCUAGAGAAGGUCUCAUUGAUUGCCCAGCAAAAGAACAUGACUUACAAGGAGGAUAGUCGGUAUGAGCAGGUGGAGGAUGUUCGGUCUCAGCUGAAGUUCUUUGAGCAACUUGACCAGUUGGAGAAACAGAAGAAAGAGGAGCAGGAGAGAGAAAUUUUAAUGAAGGCAGCUAAGAUGCAGCAGCAGGAAUUGGCUCAAAUACGACAGAGAGAGGCCAACUUGACGGCGUUGGCGGCUAUCGGACCCAGAAAGAAAAGAAAACUGGAUUCUCCUUCAUUUGGGACUGACACAGAG